AUGGCCCUGUUCAGGCCUCUCCCGGAGGAGGAGUGUGCUGACCCCCGCAACAACGAGGGCGACAGUGUCACGAAACUGCACCUGGACAUGACAGAUGCUGUGAACAUCCUGCUGCAUUCCCAGUACGCACGUGGCGGCGGCCCAGGCCCGGCGCGCUGCGGCGACGACGCGCCAGAGCUCCCAGGCUACAACGGCGCGGGCGCGGUGUGGGACAUCCUGCGGCGCGAGGACGUGCCCGCGCUGUGCGGCUGGCUGCGGGCCCACGCGGCCGAGUUCACCCACGAGGGCGAGGGUGUGGCGGGCUACCUGGGGGCCGGCCCCGACGCGGAGGCGCCGGUGCUGAGUUUGGAGAUUGCUGCGACCCUGAACGGGCCCGGCUGA